ACUUGUUAUGAUCAAUCAAUGUCAAUAUAAUCCAAACGGAUUUUGAUUCCUGAAUGUUUGAAGCAUAUUUAUACUGAUAUUCCUUGAAAAUAUAAUUUACAAUAGUUACAACCAUUCAAUAAAUUGAUCUUUAUCUACAAACUACUAAUAUGCCAGUAAAUACAAUAUACUCUAUAUUGUUGAAAAAAGAAAAUGCCCACGAUGAUCCGAUUUAUUGCUGUACAUGGGCUAAAAUAAACUUUUCGGGAGAUUCCGCGGUUACUUCAAAGGAUUUCAUAGUGACUGGAGGGCUGGAUUGCUUGGUGAAAGUGUGGACGCUACAAAAUGACAAGCUGCAACUAGUUUAUACAUUAAAAGGCCAUAGGAUGGCAGUGGUGGCAGUAGCUGUUAGUCCGACUGCACCAAUAAUAGCAAGUUCAUCACUGGACUCGAGCCUAAUAUUUUGGGACUUAGGUUCAGGGAAGAUGUUGACUGAGAUACCAACAGGAGCUAGCGAUGUCUGGAAGAUGGCAUUUUCAGGAGAUGGAGAACAUCUAUGCACAGGCGGACAUACUGGCAAGGUUCAUAUAUAUGGAGUGAAGAGUGGAACCUUAGAUAAAGUACUGGAUACUAGAGGAAAAUUCAUAUUGAGUGUUGCCUGUAGUGGAAAUUCAAAAUACAUUGCAACGGGUGCGGAAGACGGUGUUCUAUGCAUAUUGGACGCGACACAAGCCAAGGUGGUACAUACGGUUCAGGCGCACUCGAAGCCUAUACGGAACCUAGCCUUCUCUCCGUGCAACAAGCGACUCGCCACGGUUUCCAACGACGGCUUCGUCAGGCUGUAUGAUGUAGCUAGUGCUGGUCUCCAAUACUCAUUGAAUCUCAAGUGCUGGGCCGUCGGCAUAUGUUUCUCGGGCGACGGCACGCGCAUUGCGACGGCGGCCGCCGACGGCACCGUCCGGGUCGUACUCACAGAGGGACUGAUUGUACUCAACACGUUCCAAGAACAUACGGAUAUGGUUUGGGGUGUAAACUUCAACAGCAACAACAAGAGGCUAGUAUCUGUGUCCAAAGACACUUGUAUCAACAUCUACGAAUGCCCGCCAUUGCCGCCAAAGACUGAGAAAAAAGAGGCCACACUCGUAAAAUAAUUUAAUCUAUAAAUUAUUCUCUCUGUAUUGUAAAAAGGAUUGUUUGUUUGCAUUGGAUAGGCUACAAAACUGCUGCACUAAAGCUGGAUUUCCUUUCAGCGAGUGAAUUAGGAUUUUCAUCCACAUAUUCCUACAAGAUGGGGAUUGACUCAAGAGAAUCGAAUUCCACGCAGGUGAAACUGCGGCGGAAAGUUGGUACCUAUCCAAUGUAUUUAUCAUUGUAGUGUCAGUUUUGUAUUACCUAAUUAGGUAAUUAAUACUUAUAUUUUAUUUAUUUUUUUGUUUGAUUUUAUUACGGUACUAUUUAAAUAUAAAACGUGUAGAAUCUUGUUUGUUCCUUAUAACAUUAAUGUCUAUAGAUAUAAUCAACAUUUCGAUAAUGUAAUUAGCUGUCUCUAAGUGUAAAAUAUAAUAGGCGAUAAUAUUGUAUCUGUUUACUAUUCCUCUUGUAUUUUUCAAGUAAAAACUUACUGUAAUUAUGUAUGUUAGCAAGUAUUUUCAAAAAAUACAUAAAUGUCGAUGUA